CCGCCGUUGUUCCGUUCAGAGAAGCUCAACAUGGCAUCCGACGGGACACCGGUAGCCGAGGCUCUCCCGACGGAGCUGGGAAAUGCAAUCGCGGCUUUGAAUUCAUGGAGCAACCCGGACCUUCAGACCAAGCUGGCCGAGCUCGGAGCCCCAAAUAUGGGUCCUCGGGAGGAGCUCAUAGACAGACUGAAGGGCUACAUGAUCCAGACCGGAAUCAUCCUCAACAAACCAAAUGAUGACAAAAUGGCCUCUCAGGUGAGAUCUUCAUAUGUCACGAUGCCGGUGAUUCCAUCUAUGCCCCCCAUGCCCAUGCCGCCAAUGCCUCCGGGCAUGAGCAUGCUCCAGCCUCUGCCCAUGAUGACCCCGGGAGGCCCCCCUCCGCCCGGCAUUCCCAUGGGGAUGGACCACGCUCCUCUACCUCCUCCGGGCAUGUCCCAGGACGAUCAGCUGAAGAUGGCUCAGCAGAGAGCAGCCAUGGUUUUGCAGCAGGAGGAACGGGCCAAGCAGCAGGCUGCAGUGAUGAUGGAACACCAGGAGAUGGCCAAGAUGCAGACAAGAUCCAUGACCUCCAUGGGCGAUAUCAGAGGCAUGGAUCCUCGAGGUCCCCUUCCCCCUGGUGUCAGCAUGCUGCCCCAGAAACAGAGGGUGCCUCCUCCCCCAGGAGAGGAUAACAAGGAGGUCUGGCAGAGCGAGGAGGUGGGCAUCGGUGGGCCUAAAAUCCCGCAGGUCCUGGAGAAGAUCCUCCAGCUGAAGGAGAUCAGACAGGAGCAGCUCACUGAUGUAACAGCCGAAGAAGACGAUUACGGAGGAGAGAUGGAUCCAUCCAACUCCUCCCAAGCGAUGUCGGAGACAGAAGACGACGGCCAGAUGUCCAAGAAAGACAAAAACCGCAAACGCAGGAACCGCAAGAAGAAGAGCAAGAAGAAGCGAGCGCUGGAAAAGAAGGAGCAGGCCGAGCAGCACCAGCAGCAGAAGGAGGGCAGCGAGAAGGAGAAGGAGAAAGACAAGGAGAAGGACAAGGACAAAGGAAAGGAGCCAGAGGUGGAGAUCGAGUACGUGGCUGAAGAGCCUGAGAUUUAUGACCCCAACUUCAUCUUCUUCAAGAGGAUCUUUGAAGCUUUUAAGCUAACCGACGACGUGAAGAAAGAGAAGGAGAAGGAGCCGGAGAAGGCGGAGAAGCAGGAGGCCGUUGGCAUGUUGCGGAAAAAGGGCUUCGAGCUGGAGAGGAAGGACAGCGACGACAGCGACGAGGAGGCCAAGACGGACGUCCCCAAGCUGUCCAAGAAGAAGCUGAGGAGGAUGAACCGGCUGACUGUGGCUGAGCUCAAACAGCUGGUCGCUCGCCCAGAUGUGGUGGAGAUGCACGACGUGACGGCCCAGGAGCCCAAGCUACUGGUGCACCUGAAGGCCACCAGGAACACGGUGCCGGUGCCGCGCCACUGGUGCUUCAAAAGAAAGUAUCUGCAGGGAAAGAGGGGCAUCGAGAAGCCCCCGUUCGAGUUGCCAGAGUUCAUCAGGAGGACGGGGAUCCAGGAGAUGAGGGAGGCUCUGCAGGAGAAGGAGGAUGCCAAAAGCAUGAAAACCAAAAUGAGGGAGAAGGUCCGACCCAAGAUGGGGAAGAUUGACAUCGACUACCAGAAGCUCCACGACGCUUUCUUCAAGUGGCAGAUCAAACCUAAGCUCACCAUCCAUGGAGAUCUUUACUACGAGGGUAAAGAGUUUGAAACCCGGCUGAAGGAGAAGAAGCCCGGAGAUCUGUCAGACGAGCUGCGGAUCGCUCUGGGGAUGCCGGUCGGACCUAACGCUCACAAGGUGCCGCCUCCCUGGUUGAUAGCCAUGCAGCGGUACGGCCCCCCUCCCUCCUACCCUAACCUCAAGAUUCCUGGACUCAACUCCCCAAUCCCAGAGAACUGUACGUUUGGUUAUCACGCCGGUGGAUGGGGGAAGCCGCCCGUAGACGAGAUGGGCAAGCCGCUGUACGGCGACGUGUUUGGGACCAACGCCACAGACUUCCAGGCCAAAGCAGAGGAGGAGGAGGUGGACCACACACCGUGGGGGGAGCUGGAGCCUUCGGACGAGGAGUCGUCAGAGGAAGAGGAGGAGGAGGAGAGCGACGAAGAGAAGCCCGACGAAACCGGAUUCUUCACGCCAGCAGACAGCGGGUUGAUCACCCCUGGAGGCAUCACAUCGGUGCCGGCCGGCAUGGAGACCCCGGAGCUGAUCGAGCUGAGAAAGAAGAAGAUCGAGGAAGCCAUGGACGGGAACGAGACGCCUCAGCUUUUCACCGUUCUGCCAGAGAGACGAACGGGCCCCGUGGGAGCAGCCAUGAUGGCCUCCACACACAUCUACGAAAUGUCGGGGGUGGGACGCAAGGCGGGCGGCGGGCAGGAGUCUCAGGGCGUGGAGGUGGCCCUGGCCCCCGAGGAGUUGGAGCUGGACCCGAUGGCCAUGACUCAGAAAUACGAGGAGCACGUGAGAGAGCAGCAGGCCCAGGUGGAGAAGGAGGACUUCAGCGACAUGGUGGCUGAGCACGCCGCCAAACAGAAGCAGAAAAAGAGGAAGGCCCAGCCGCAGGACACGCGAGGCGGCGCCAAGAAAUACAAAGAGUUCAAGUUCUAGAGAAACGCCAACGGCAGGCCAGACGCCGCAACAACGGGAUGUGAAAAGGAGAGACGGGAUCCGAUUUCACUUGCAGAGGACGUCGAUGUUGGAUCACAGACGGGUUUUUGUUCCCUUUUUUUAAAAAGUACGCAUCAACAAUGCCGUCUGGCCACAUGUCGUGUAGUCGACGUCACGUGCAUUUCCUGUUUAACUUGUAACUUUUUAGCUCUGCGCUGUUUUCCACCACGUUAUUCUUCUGUUAUUUUGUUUUUUUUUUCUGGAUUUUUUUUGUAAAUAAAUGAUGUGAAGACAAAAACGUCUA